AUGGCGUGCCCAUUUAUUCAUAAUCCAGUUUAUGAGGGAGCGAGGCUCAUUCGUAGAGCUUUAAGGCAACAGGUUCCACAAUUACUUCGGCCCAGGAUAGAUCCGUUGCAUUUUGCGGAUGAUUAUUUAUACGAGCGCUAUAGAUUUAGUAGACACAGUAUUGCAUAUUUGUGUCAGUUAUUGGAACCUUACAUUUCUAAAAACACACGUCGCUCUAAAGCCCUUACGGUUGCACAGUCUUUGUGUAUCGCUUUGCGCUAUUUUGCCAGUGGUUCAUUUCUGUACAGUGUGGGGGAUGCUGAACAUUUAAGAAAAGCUACAGUGUGCCGUGAAAUCAGGAAGGUUUGCGUUGCAUUAAAGUCCUUUUUAAAUAUAUUCAUUACCUUUCCUGGCCACCGAGGAAUUCUUGCCAUUAAGGAAACUUUCUUUGGAAUUAAUGACUUUCCUAACGUCAUUGGAGCCAUUGACUGUACACACGUGAGGAUAAAGGCUCCAGCAGGUCCAACAGAGCCUGAUUACAUAAACCGCAAAUCAUAUUACAGUAUUAAUGUACAGAUGGUAUGCACUGCUGAACAUCUAAUUUCAAACAUUGUGGCAAAAUGGCCAGGAUCAGUACAUGAUGCCAGAAUU